CAAAUUCAUGCAGUGCCAACUUUGUGUACGCCAGAAGUAGCCUCGCAUGUGCGUCCUGCAAUGUUUGGCCUUUUUGAAAGCCACACCAAUGACGAGAAUACCGGCGAUGAACUUGAGGAUGAGACACGAGGUGCAGUGCCUCAGGAGGAACCACCUAGAAUAGGAAUUCUUCCAGACGAAGUGGAGCGCCAGUGCACAGAUGUGCGGUUCUUGCUCUUCACGAUUCUGGUGUUCUCAGGGGUUGGUUGGUUGAGCUGCAGUUAUGUCCACAAGGCAGACUUGAGAAGGCUCACUCAAGGGUACAGCUUUCACAAACUAUUGUGCACGACCAGGAAGGUCGAUGACCCACACGACCUGCUAAAGGUUCCGCCAACUUCCUACACCUUCUGGUGUUUGAACUCCACAGGCAAUGGCUUGGAUUUGGAGUACCCUCAAUGUCUUCAAGAAUGCCCUAUCUCUGCCAUGCAAAAGAUCAAUUGUGGUCCGGGCGGUGCUCAUCCUCGCGAGGCUUAUCCGAGCACACCUUUUGGUGUUUUCUGUAUGCCAUUGGAUGGGAAACUUCAUGCGCAGGUCACUCAUUCAUUUUCUUCAAUGAGAGGGGCACUUCUGAGGUUCAUGAGCACAAUUUACGGGAAUUGGUACAUUUUUCUUGCAGCUGCCAUUCUAGCUACCCUGAUCGGGUAUUUGUACAUUGUUGGACUUUUUCUUGAUGCGAAAACCGUGGUAAACGCCACCUUCAACCUCAUCACAUUCCUGCCACUUGGCACUGGCAUCUACUUGCUGCUGGUCGCUCUACAACCAGGGAGUGCUUUGGAUGUCUACUCCUACAUUAACAUGGAUGAGAGCGACCAGCGGCAGCAGAAAAUUCUGGCAGGCAGCACUUUGCUCACCCUGGGCCUUGGCAUGUGGUGCAUAACCUCGGCGUACAAAGAGACGAUCAAGAAAGCUUCUGACUGCCUGGAAGCUGCCGGCGACUGCGUGACCGAGGAAUGGAGUAUUCUGGUGGCGCCGCUGGGUGCCAUCGCUGCUGAGAUGGUCAUCUGCGCCGUGGGGUACUAUAUCGUAGCCUGUGUGGCUGCAGUUCUCAAGGCAGAUGACAUAAUCAAGUUGCCUGAAGCUGAUGAUCCUGUUACUGCGCGGAGAAUUGGAAUUCCUUGGAAACCCCAGGAAAUAGCCCAAGUCUUCGGCGUAGUUGUGAUAAUGAUCUGGGCAGUUCAGAUCGUUCUCGGAGCAACGAAAUGUGCCAUGGCAUACGUCACUGAAAUCUGGUAUUUCACCCCGCCAGCAAAUGAAGAUGGGUCCAGAGAGAGGGAGGAGUACUGCGUUUUGAUAAAGGCCUAUUGCCAGCUAGUGCGGUAUCAUAUUGGCACCAUCUCCUUUGGUGCAUUUCUGUCGGUUGUUGGAGGCCUUCCAGCGUAUGUAAUUGGCUGGCUACAAGUAUUUAAGAUGUGCAGGUGCAGUUGCAGCAGCAAGUUCCGCCAGUAUGUUCUCGGGGAUAGCGCUAGGUUUGCGUACAUUGACUUGUGCUUGCACUCUGAAAGCUAUUUGGAAGGAGGAAUGAAUGCCAGUAAGGUCCUAAAGCGAGAGCUAAUGCAUGUCCACGAGCUCCAGGGUGCAUUGUGGAUGUUCCACAUUGCUGGUGUAGGACUUUGCAUGACAGGUUCUGCUUACAUUUUGGACCUGGCAAUUCGUGUGGUGCCAAGCUUCAGUGAUCCCAACAGCACUCUGUUCAUCCUUGAGACUCGUGGCGUUUUUAUGCUCAACGGGAUCACUGGCAUGUUCAUUGGACACAGUAUUAUGCUUGGAUUUGACACAGUCUUUGAUACUCUCUUGUACUGCUAUGCCAUUCAGUUGAAGCGUGAGAAGGAGGCAUUGGUUGAGCUUGAGGACAGAAGAAGCACCGGGCGUGAGCACCAUUUGCUCUGGUUCAUUCCUCCAGAGAGUGAGGAGGAAUCCAACCCGGAUGAGAACAAUUUCCUUCCUCGAAGGAUGAAGGAUGUUUGCCAGUCCUACACGAGCUCAGCUGCCCAAGGAAAUCUCAGCUGAGCCUUGCAAAGAUCGAGGCAACCUGUUGCAUUUGCAGACUGGUCCGACCAGCAUCGGAAGAGGGCAAAAUUGGAUCAACUCAGCUGGCCCAUUAAAUCCAAUCUUGAGUGAGUCUGGUGUUUAGCACCCUUUCUGCUCUUGCAGCUGUGGAAGUCCAUGUCCGUGCACCCCUGCAGACUUUCUUUUUGCG